UGGCUCAUAAAGGUAUUGAUUUUGAAGCAGGAAAUAGAGCGAGAGUUGGGGAAUUGCCAAGAAAAAGAAGAAAUUCAAGAAAAUUUUUAUAAAGACUACCAAAAAUUUGAGAGAGGAGAAAGAAGAAGAAGCCCUUCGCGAAAGAGGGAAAGGUCGAUGGAUGCAAAAAGAUAUAGAGAAGAUUUCAACAAUAUUAAUUGGAACGAAAAGCGUCAAAAAUGGGGUAAUAGAGAAAAGGAAGUUUUCACUUAUAGAGUGCCAGCAAAAGGGAGAAAUUAUGAAAAAGGAGAUUAUGAAUAUGUCAAUAAAAAUACAAAGAAGAAUUAUUGGGAGGAAGGUAAAGAAUCGAAUAAAAAUUUUUGGGAGAAAAAAGAAGAAAAUAAUAAAGAAGGGAGAAAUAGGGAAAUAAAAUAUAAUAGAGCAGGCUCAAGUAAAGGAAGUUUGGAUGAGGAAAGAUAUAGUCAAAGUACCAGCAACACAUCAAAAGGUUUGGAAAAAAAUUAUCAAAUAAAAGAAAAAUAUUGUCUGCCAGAAAAUUUUUUAGAAGAAAUAAGGAUAAUAGAUAAAGAGAUAAUGUUAAAUAAACUAAUAGAGAAAAACGCAAAGGAAAUAUCAGAUGAAAAUUGGCAAAUUAUACUAGAAAAAGAAUACUAUGAAAUUAAAAAGUUUUUGGAAGAAAGAAUAGAUAUAAAGAUACAGUUAUUUGGGAGUACACUUAGUAAUUUAUGUACUCAAAAGUCAGAUAUAGACAUCGCAGUGUAUGAAUCAGAUAUAAAGAAUAUAGGAAUAUUAUUAAAGAAAAUUGCAAAAGAGCUUAAAAUAAAGUAUGGGGCAGAUAAAGUUCAUAAAGAAAAUUUAAUAAUACAGGCAAAAAUCCCUUUAUUAGAAAUGCAGAUAGAUAAAGAAAGUAAUAGAAUAACAAUCCAAAUAACAAUAGAGAACGAAACUGGGGUAAUAAAUAGUCUUCACAUAAGAAUGUUAACAGAAAUAGAGCCAAAAUUAAAAUAUAUAUGGAUGAAUAUUAAAAAAUGGGCAGAAAUAAAUAAUGUAAUCGAUUCAAAAAAUGGAAGAUUUGCAGCAUACUCUCUUAAUAAUGGUCGACUUUUAUUUAUUAAGCUUGAGUAA